GCGGUGAUUAGUGAAAGAAGUUUGUCCAAAAUGCGCACAUUUAUUUGCCUCGUCCUGGCGGCCCUCGUCCUUGCCCUGGUCGCCAGCACCAACGCGGCCACUACGCUGCUCGAUGUGGAUGCAGGUGUCUCAGAGCCGAUUUCUGUGCGUCAGGCUCGUCAAUUCGGAGGAUUCGGAGGAAGACCUGGAGGUGGUUUUGGCGGCGGUGGUUUCGGCGGGCCCGGCGGCUUUGGCGGUCGACCAGGAGGCGGUUUUGGCGGCGGUGGUUUCGGCGGGCCCGGUGGAGGCUUUGGCGGAGGACCUGGAGGUGGCUUCGGCGGACGACCAGGAGGCGGUUUUGGCGGCGGUGGUUUCGGCGGGCCCGGUGGCGGCUUUGGCGGAGGACCAGGAGGUGGUUUUGGCUUUGGUCGCUAAAUACAAACACCCCACCAGCAUCACAAUCCGCGACGUGACUGACUAGUGUUAUAGCCUACAAAUAGAAUAGAAUGUGAAAUCACAGUGCAAUCGAGCACGUUUUAAUUGAGUUCGAAAUACAUCUGCCUGCUCUUUGGCUCACUUAA